GGAGUCUUUUAGGUUUGGAGGAGGGGCGUCGGCGCGCGGGAAAUCGAGCGGGAAGAGGAAAAAAAAAAAAAAAAGAGGAUUAGGGUGCGCGCCGCGGCGGUUUCUGUUCUUACAGUCGCGCGGCCCAGGAACCGCUGUUGCGCGAGGGAAGGCGGGACGCCCAGGUUGGUGCUAGGUCCAGAGGAAUGCCCCGUUUCCUCAGUCCACACUCGCGUCUCCCUCUCGCCCCUCACCUCGCUUCCCGCCGGGCCUGCGGGGCGAGCUGCGCGUCGUGAUGUUCUUGAGAAUCGGGCUGUUCGUUGUGUCUGAGCAGUUGGGAAAUAGUGCUCUCCAGCUCACACCUCCCCUGUAAAUUAUUUCUGCCUGCAGUGACUGUGUUUGCUCAAUUUCUCCAGAAAGAGAGAAAGGAAAACCUUAAGAAUUCUCAGGAGUAGAUGCAGGUCUAUCUUUUAACCAUACAACUGGGUUUGGUUUAUUCAUUUUGAGAGUAUCUCUUAACAGGGCCAUUUCUGAACAGUAGAGGUAACAGUGACUCCACUGAACAACCAGUUCCAAAUCCUGUCAUCAAAUCUAUGUUCCUGUUCCAAAUGGUAAUACAUGCAUAUUAUUUCUUUUAUUUUAAAAGAAAUGAGUGUAACUAAUAUUGCAUUAAGAGUUGAAACCUGGCUUUUAGCUACAUGGCAUGUUAAAGUACCUCUAAUGUGGCUGGAAGCUUGUAUUAACUGGAUCCAAGAAGAAAAUGGUAAUGUUAAUUUGAGUCAGGCACAAAUGAAUAAACAAGUGUUUGAGCAAUGGCUUCUUACUGAUUUGAGAGAUUUGGAACAUCCUCUUUUACCUGAUGGCAUUUUAGAAGUUCCAAAAGGAGAACUGAAUGGAUUUUUUGCUCUGCAGAUUAAUUCAUUGGUUGAUGUCAGUCAACCUGCAUAUUCCCAGAUACAAAAGUUGAGAGGAAAGAAUACAACAAAUGACUUAAUUACAGCUGAAACACAAGUAACCCCAAAACCUUGGGAAGCAAAGCCUUCACGAAUGUUGAUGCUACAGCUUACUGAUGGAAUUGUACAAAUGCAGGGAAUGGAAUAUCAGUCUAUUCCAGCUCUUCAUAGUGAUCUUCCCCCAGGUACAAAAAUUUUGAUUUAUGGAAACAUUUCUUUCCGUCUUGGUGUUCUCUUAUUGAAACCAGAAAAUGUUAAGGUGUUGGGAGGGGAAGUAGAUGCUCUUUUAGAGGAAUAUGCCCAAGAAAAAGUACUUGCAAGAUUAAUUGGGGAACCUGACCCUAUAGUUUCAGUAAUACCAAAUAAUACUAAUCAAAACAUCCCUGGAAUUACAGAUGUUCUAGAUUCUGCAUUAGGACCUUCUGAUGAAGAACUCUUGGCAAGUCUUGAUGAAAAUGAUGAACUUAUAGCAAAUAGUGACACCUCCUUAGAAAGAAGAUGUUUCAAUACAGGUAGUUCCUCAAAUACUAUUCCCACAAAGCAGUCAAGUUUUGAACCACAACAAAUUGUUUCUCUAAAACCAGAGGUGGAAGCACUAAAUCAAUCUAUGCAUUUCAGUGAUGGGGAAUUAGAUGACUUUUCACUGGAGGAGGCUUUGCUUUUAGAAGAAACUGUCCAGAAAGAACAAAUGAAGACUAAAGAAUUGCAGCCAUUGACUUUGAACAGAACCCCAGAUGAAAGUAUAGAGAGAUUUUCACAUAAACCUAAUACUAAGGAUAAUUUUUCUUUGAUAUGCAAAAAUGGAAACAAUAUUUGGAACGAGAAAAAUUUAUCUGAACAAAUGACUAAUGAAGGCAAAUCUUUUACUUGUCCAUCUACUGGAGACCAAGACAGUAGUAUUUUUUCAGUUCAUAAUGUACCCCUUCCCCAUGACUUUACAGUUAAAGACUCAGAGACAGAUAAUAAAACAGAACAAACCUUCAAUAGUGCCGAUGGACAUUCCUUAAAUAAUAAAAUGUCAAUAUCAAAUGGAGAGCUGGUAAAUUAUUUACCAAAAAGGAGUUCACACAUUUUUAAUGAAAAUGAUCACCAUGUACAGACUUGUUCUUUAAGAUCAUCAGAGAACAGCACCAACCUUUCUGUUGCUAUGGAUUUAUAUUCUCCACCCUUUAUCUAUUUGUCUGUUUUAAUGGCCAGCAAACCAAAGGAAGUUACAACAGUGAAGGUCAAAGCAUUUAUUGUAACUUUAACUGGAAAUCUUUCAAGUUCUGGUGGCAUUUGGAGUAUAACAGCAAAGAUUUCCGAUGGCACUGCUUAUCUUGAUGUAGACUUUGUGGAUGAAAUACUUACUAGUUUGAUAGGGUUUUCAGUACCAGAAAUGAAACAGUUAAAAAAGGAUCCUCUUCAGUACCAAAAGUUCCUGGAUGGUUUGCAGAAGUGUCAGAGAGAUUUAAUAGAUUUAUGCUGUCUAAUGACUAUUUCAUUUAAUCCCUCCUUGUCUAAAGCAAUGGUACUGGCAUUACAAGAUGUUGAAAUGGAGCACCUUGAGAACCUGAAGAAGCGACUGAAUAAAUAAUUUACCAAAAUUAUAUUAGAAAACAAUUAACCAAGAAAAUAUUUAGAAUGAAAUUUGACCUUUUAUGUUUGAAACUUUUUUGUAAAAGGGAAAAAGGAAGUCUUAUACCUUAUUUUGGUUUAAUUUUAAACUGUUUAACUAUGUUUGUAUAUUUAGGUUUUUUUAAUAAAAUUUUUUAUUGUAACGGUUAGACGAAAGAA